AUGGAAUCUAGCUUCAAAAUAAAUUGCUAUAGACAUAAGUUAUUGGGAAAUAAAUUAUGUAUAAUAGAAGUUAUUUCUGAUAAAAUUAUAAUUACAAACAUUUCAGACUUGCCUAAUAAGAGAAAUGAAUUGGACAUAAAUUAUAAUUUGUUUAUUGAUUUUAAAGUUAAGAAUAAAUAACUCUAAGCUAUAGGAUUAAUAACAAAUAAACAUCACUGGUAUUACGCUGAUAAUGAAAAUUUAAUUAACUUAAAAUAAAUUUUAGGUGCAAGAGUGGUGUUUAAAGGGGUAAAUACAUUAUAUAAUCCAUUAUAAUAAAUUGGAUAAGGAACAUUUUCAAAUGUUUACUUAUUACAAAGUAAAAUAAAAAGUUAUGAAUAUUAUGCUUGUAAAUGUUUAGACAAAGCUUAAGUAGAUGAAUAAAUUGGUAGAGUAAUUAAUAUGUGUUAUGAUGUUAGUAAGGAUUGUUUGAAGAAGUAAAAGCUAUGGUUUCUUUGAAACAUUAAAAUAUAGCAGAAAUAUUGGAAGUGUUUGAAGGUGAUGUAUCUUAUUAUAUGGUAAUGUAAUAUUAUGAUCUUGAAUUUAUUGAUAUUCUAAAUGAUUUAAAUGAUGAAGAUAUCCAUAUCAUAUUUAAAUAAUUAGUUACAGUUGUAAAUUUUAUGCAUGAAAAAGGAUAUAUGCAUAGAGAUUUAAAACCAGAAAAUAUUAUGUUUAGUGAUAGUAUAUAUUAAUUGAAACUCAUUGAUUUUGGUUUAACAACAAAAGAUUCAGGCAGAUCUAAAUGUGGUACACCUGGUUAUAUUGCUCCUGAGAUUUUAAAUCUUGAUACUAAAAUUAAUGAAUAUAAUGAAAAAUGUGAUAUAUUUUCAUUAGGAGUUAUAUUCUAUAAGAUGUAUAUAUAUUUAAUUAUUAUUAUAAGGUUAACAUAGAAUGAUUUAUUCAAAGGAUCAAAUCAUGAUGAGAUUUUAGAAAAUAAUGCUAAAUGUAUUACAAAUUUUGAUUUAUUAAAUGGUAAUCCAAAAAUUUCAAAAUAAGCAAUAAAUUUAUUAAAAUUAAUGCUUCAAAUUGAUCCUACAUUAAGAAUUGAUUCAAAUUCAAUUUUAAAACAUGAAUAUUUUGGUGUUUAAGAAAUAACUCUUAUUAAUACUAUUAAUAGUGCUAAUUCACUUUCAAGAAAACAUUCAUCUAUUAUAAAAAUAUUAUCACCAUUAUAAAAGAAAAAUUUCAUAUUUAAUUCUCCUUUUUCUUUUCAUGAUGAUGAAUGUAUUGAAAAGGAAGCUUAAAUGCAACCUAUUCCUAUUAUGAAAAUGAAAGGAAGUUCAGUACAUGAUAUAACAAAAUAUAAAAAUUCUGGGAUAAAUAGAAAACUCUCUAAAGAUACUACCAAAAAAUAUCAGACUACUGAUUUUGAUGAUGUUGUUGCAGAUAUUAAACAAAAUAAUAAUUAUAGACCUCCAAGACCAAAUUAAUUAUAAGAAAUGUANUAAAAUAAAUUUUAGGUGCAAGAGUGGUGUUUAAAGGGGUAAAUACAUUAUAUAAUCCAUUAUAAUAAAUUGGAUAAGGAACAUUUUCAAAUGUUUACUUAUUACAAAGUAAAAUAAAAAGUUAUGAAUAUUAUGCUUGUAAAUGUUUAGACAAAGCUUAAGUAGAUGAAUAAAUUGGUAGAGUAAUUAAUAUGUGUUAUGAUGUUAGUAAGGAUUGUUUGAAGAAGUAAAAGCUAUGGUUUCUUUGAAACAUUAAAAUAUAGCAGAAAUAUUGGAAGUGUUUGAAGGUGAUGUAUCUUAUUAUAUGGUAAUGUAAUAUUAUGAUCUUGAAUUUAUUGAUAUUCUAAAUGAUUUAAAUGAUGAAGAUAUCCAUAUCAUAUUUAAAUAAUUAGUUACAGUUGUAAAUUUUAUGCAUGAAAAAGGAUAUAUGCAUAGAGAUUUAAAACCAGAAAAUAUUAUGUUUAGUGAUAGUAUAUAUUAAUUGAAACUCAUUGAUUUUGGUUUAACAACAAAAGAUUCAGGCAGAUCUAAAUGUGGUACACCUGGUUAUAUUGCUCCUGAGAUUUUAAAUCUUGAUACUAAAAUUAAUGAAUAUAAUGAAAAAUGUGAUAUAUUUUCAUUAGGAGUUAUAUUCUAUAAGAUGUAUAUAUAUUUAAUUAUUAUUAUAAGGUUAACAUAGAAUGAUUUAUUCAAAGGAUCAAAUCAUGAUGAGAUUUUAGAAAAUAAUGCUAAAUGUAUUACAAAUUUUGAUUUAUUAAAUGGUAAUCCAAAAAUUUCAAAAUAAGCAAUAAAUUUAUUAAAAUUAAUGCUUCAAAUUGAUCCUACAUUAAGAAUUGAUUCAAAUUCAAUUUUAAAACAUGAAUAUUUUGGUGUUUAAGAAAUAACUCUUAUUAAUACUAUUAAUAGUGCUAAUUCACUUUCAAGAAAACAUUCAUCUAUUAUAAAAAUAUUAUCACCAUUAUAAAAGAAAAAUUUCAUAUUUAAUUCUCCUUUUUCUUUUCAUGAUGAUGAAUGUAUUGAAAAGGAAGCUUAAAUGCAACCUAUUCCUAUUAUGAAAAUGAAAGGAAGUUCAGUACAUGAUAUAACAAAAUAUAAAAAUUCUGGGAUAAAUAGAAAACUCUCUAAAGAUACUACCAAAAAAUAUCAGACUACUGAUUUUGAUGAUGUUGUUGCAGAUAUUAAACAAAAUAAUAAUUAUAGACCUCCAAGACCAAAUUAAUUAUAAGAAAUGUAUAAUGAAUGA